AAUGAGCCUAACCUAAAUUAAUCGUGUGUGCUACUUUGAGAUAUGGUGUAAUUUACGUUCUUGCAAAACUUUACAUCACCUCGCUGAAGUGAUUGUCUGGAUUACAUUUACGAUAACUGCUUCAGCCGAAACGUGUCACAAAAAUAUUGCAGAAAUAGUUUAUGGUGAGAUUCACGAAUACCCGACAAUGACGAACAGCUGGCGAGGCACGAACAUGCCAAGUUCAAAGGACUUUGAACAUGAUGAGUUUAUGAAACGUAUAAAAAAGUCAUUAUAUUAUUCCAAGUUGCCAGUGAUUAACUGCUUGAGUUUACCAGUUACAGAAUUGGCAGCAGAACUUUUUACGGAAGUAAAGAGCGGUCAUACAUUGGAAAAACUCGAUGUCGAGGAAGCAAGCAGAAUAUCUAGAAAUGCAUGUGUUUCCCCUUGCUCACUUGUGUUGGCUUUGCUGUAUGUUGAAAGAUUAAAGAAUUGUAAUCCAGAAUAUCUUCAUCAAGUAGCGCCAUCUGAGCUAUUCUUGGUUUCUUUGAUGGUAGCCAGUAAAUUUUUGCACGAUGAUGGCGAAGAAGAUGAGGUUUUCAACAAAGAGUGGGCAAAUUCGGGACAAGUGACUAUAUCUCGAAUGAAUAAAUUGGAAAAAGAUUUUCUUGCUGCAAUCGACUGGACAGUGUUGGUGCAGCACCAAGACUUUUGGGAAAGGCUGCAACAACUAGAAAAAAACGUGGCAUAUCGAGAAAUACACAAGCGCAGAUGGUGCACAUAUACAGAAUUGAGUUGUCUGAUGAAUUCCGUUCAGUUGAUUAGAAUCGCACAAACUUUAAUUAGUGUGUCUUCGAUUUGUCUGGCGACUUAUGCCGCCGGAUUGGCUACUCUUCUGGGAUCCACUCUGGUUGCCAAUUUUAUUGUGCAAAGUUGCUUACCUGGGAUAUCACUUAAUUCGAGACAAUCAACGAAUCUGUCAAUAAAUCUCGCGACGAAUGUCUCGUCAACCGAUCUAACUGAUACAUUGAUAAAUACACGAUCCCAGGAGAUUAACGAUGAUGGUCUUCCGAUUUCCGAUUCCGAGAAUAUUGCAGCUUAUUCUGCAAUUAUGGAAACCGAUAAUGAUGAUGAUGAUGAAGAAGCCAGUUGGAAGUGGUGGCUAAACUCAACAAUGACUUGGUUGCCUGAGUAUUGUUUAGAGAGCAAUGUCGAGGUUGCAAAUUUCACUGACAAAUUAUGCAUCAUCAACAUCGACUUUUCAUUCAAUUCGACGCAAGCUAUAAAUAUAAAAAAGCUGGAGAAAAUAGGGAAAACGGAAGAUUUCGCACCGGAAGACUAUCGCCACAACGUAAAUUGGAAGGAAAUACUAGACACAACCUUAAAUUGGUUAGAACAAAACUGGAAACGAUCACAUCACGAAAGUGUCUUUCAGUUACCAGAAUUAAAAAUUUACUAUUAGCUUGCUUAUAAAAAUUUGCCUGUUAAACAAUCUUUUUCAAAGGAUAUAUAUAUAUAUAUAUAUA